GCUGCUUUAGAUGUUAACAAGAUUGUCAUCAUGUGAAUUUACCGACCGACUACUCUGAAUUCCUUAUCGAACGGAAAAGUGCCCACUCACACUCCACACUUGGGCAACAUUUUCCCAUUACUCUUCCAUCAGUGGUGGUGGUGAUACUCUUGACGUACGUUUCAGAUUACCUGCAAAUGUGGAAUAAUCUCACAGUUCACCCUAUACUGUUUUGCUUUUUGUAUUCAUUUUUAUUCGUAUGCAGCCUAUAUUUUGUUCGAACAAAGUUACCAAGGAAUCAUCCGAUCACCAUUAGGAAUAGAUUUGUCUCUGUGACAGUGGCUUCCCUCAUCAUUAUACUGCAUGUAUCCACUUUAAUCCGUCGAUAUGACUACCCUUGGUCAACCGUAUACAUUUACGAUUGGAAACAGAUCUUCAUUACACUAGAUAACUUUUGGUCUAUCAUCUUGUAUUCUACCGCUCUGACUUUGGCUCCAUACCUCGGAACACUUGUGGACCGCAUGUGCAGCGGACAGCUGUAUGCACUAUUCAGCGGGGAGCUUUGGGAGUACCGUCUGUUCAGUUGGGUCAGCGUGCGAAAUCUGAUUGUCGCCCCCGCCGCCGAAGAGCUUAUCUUUCGCGCUUGUAUCCUAUACCACCUGUUGCCACUCUACACUUCAUGUUGGAGCUUGUGCGUAGUGAGUCCUUUGUUCUUUUCAAUCGACGCGAAGCUCAACUCAUUUUCAUCACAUGCUCGAACACAUUCAUGAUGGCGAACGCGUAUUACAUGCCUUCUUGAAGACGCUAUUUCAGGUCGCAUACACCACUAUAUUCGGCGCAUACUCAGCAUUUCUGUUACUGAGAACCGGCAGCAUUUUCUCUGCAAUCGUUGCCCACGCUUUGUGCAACCUGAUGAGCUUACCUGACUUUCCUGGUGCACUUAAACGUGGCCGCAUGCGAUGGGGUGUUUGGGGACAGCUACUUGCCAUCAUCGCGCACACAAGCGGGCUCGUUCUGUGGGCGUGGUUUCUCUUCCCGGCUACGGAUCCUCGACGUUUUGGCAACACAACAGCACGCUGCGUUUGGUGAAGCCGCCUACAUGCUCCAAUACUUCGAGUGACGGCGGCAACAGUUGUACACUGAGCAAGAGGAUGUUUAUCACACUUGACCUAUCUUGUAUAUGUAAAACUGCGGCUUACUUCCGAGACAUCAUCUGUGCGUCCUUUGCCAUCGCUUCUAACAAUCGACGUUCUUCCCAUUAACUGUCCUUGAUCUAUCCUCUAUGCUGUAUUAAAGUCUUUGUGAAUUAA